AUGUCCGAUGGGCAGCAAGUACCGAAUCAAAACCAAGGCGGAGCUCCGUCGCAUUUGAUUGCUGCGUUGAGUUCGAGAGGUGGAGGUGGUCCCCCGCAGCAGCAGCAGAUGCAGCAAGGAGGAGGAGGUCCCAUCCGUGUGCAGCUGCAGCAAGGACGAGGUCCUUCAAUAGUUCCAUAUCCUCAAGGAGGUCAGCCAGCUCCGCAACAAAUUCGGACUGUUCAGCAAGUUUACCAACAACCAUCGAAUGGCCCCCCUCAACAACGGAUCGUUCAUCAAAUCACGCAGCGCCCUGUUCCCCAACAAAUGAUGCGAGUAAGCAGUGCCCCACAAACGACGAUGCAAAUCGUUCAUACUGGUCCCCCACCCCAAUCGCAACAAAUUCAUGUGUCGUCAUCUCCGAUCAUGGGACCACGACAACCGCCACUACAACCGGCACGCACUCAGAUUCCGCCCUUGCCGGGUGGUCAACCGCCUCCUCCUGGAGCAAAUGUUCAGCAAAUGCUUGCACCGCCUAGUUCCACGGGUUCCGUAAUGGAUCGAGUGCGUAUCGACGAACUGACGAGACAAAUUAGUGGCCAUACGGUGUUGGACGACGUCGUCAAGGAUAUGUUAUGCGACUACAUUGAUGAAUAUGUUGACGUUUUGGUGAACCAUGUGUGUAGGAUGGUGAAGCAUCGCGGAACGCAUCGAAUAGAGGCACGUGAUGUAGAGUUUGUUCUCGACGCUGUAUACAAGAUGCCAUCAGUGCCACGAGCAUCAGUUCACGUCUUCGGCGCACCAGCGUCGAUUCGUCCCGAUCGGAUCACCCCGCAGCCAACUGAGGCGCACAAGCAACGUAUGCUGCUGAUAAAAAAAGUUGUAAAGAAACCUUAG